AAUAUGGCGCCGUUCGUUUUCUGAGUAUGCUGUGAAAGACUGCGCACAAGCGUCAUAGCGAGCUAAAACAAAAAGUUUCUGGUGUGGCAGCGUGGCGAACCGAUGGCCGAUGACAUAAUACACCUUGUUCCAAGGGCUGAAGACGCUGACGAGGAGGAGGACUCUGCGUCGGCCUCCGACAUGGACGUCUCCUAUGACACCUCGCUGCCAGCACAGCACACUUACCUCGGUAACGAUAUGGAAGACCUCACAGGCAGGACUGUCUUCGAAGAAGACAGCCUGCAAACGAUACCGGUACUAACAUCUCACGACGUGACACUGGUGCCAGGCCAGGUGUUGCCGCUUCAGAUAUUUCGCCCCCUGGAGAUAGCCAUGAUGCACAGGAUCAUAGAAAACGACCGCACGUUUGGUAUCGUUGGCGAAAACUCGAUGGCGUCUUCACUGCAGGCGCACGGCACUACUGCCGAAAUACGGUCCUACAAAGUGGAAAUGGACGAGCUGUCAGGCGUAACGACACUUGUAGUGAAAGCCGAAGGGCGGCAGAGGUUCCGCAUUGUGAGCUCUUGGACCAGAAUGGACGGCAUUCUCAUGGCUAGCAUUAAAAUACUUCCCGACAAGCCUACCGCAGACGUCGGGGAAGCCGCUCGACUCCCAAGCCUAUCGAGACUUAAGGGCCGCUCAACGUUUCGGUACUCUCCGAGCGACCGCCACAAGGACCCCUACGGCUUUGCCCACAUGACGGCCUGGCCAUCUUGGGUGUACCGACAGUACGACGCCAACCUACUGGUUUCAAAAAUAGAGACGGAACUGCGCGAGUGGACUGAUAAUUUUGCCACUUUGAGCCUGCCGCGCGACCCGUGUCGCUUUUCUUACUGGGUUGCGAGCAAUCUUCUGCUGGACGACAAGCUGCGCCUGGAAAUGUUGUCCUACGACAACCCUGUACAGCGGCUGCGGUGUGAAUUGGCCAUUCUUCGCGACUGCCGAGUGCUGACGUGCAAGGAGUGCAACCAAAAGAUGGCCGACAGGAGCGAUGUGUUCAGCAUGUCUCAGAGCGGACCGCAGGGUGCCUACGUGAAUCCUCAUGGAUACGUACACGAAAUGAUAACUGUGCGCAAAGCCACUGGCAUAUACCUCUUUGGUCGACCGAGCACCCUGUACAGCUGGUUCCCCGGUUACGCAUGGACAAUCCUGCAGUGCGCUGGUUGCCACUGCCAUGUUGGAUGGAAGUUCACUGCCUCCAACAAGGAACUCUUACCAAAGAAAUUUUGGGGCUUGUGCAGAGCUGCAAUAAGGCCGGCAUUGCAGACUGAAAGGCGUUCAUCUUAGGAAGUAUGCGGAUGCAUUGUGGGAACUUUGACAUAAGCAAGCCUAGUCAUGCGCUGAAGUUGCCUUCGAGAGCCCGAACAUGUCACCCUUUCCAUUGGAGGAGCAAAAUCUGGACAACCGAGUUCUCACCCUAUGACACAAGCAGAAAAAUAUUUCAGGUUAACUUUCAUGUGUCUCCUCCAUGUUGCAUCUGCGUACCACCUGACUGAUGGGAGUUGACAUUUGUCGGGCUAUGUAAGGUUCUGUGAUGUAGUUUGACGCAAUAGCUCAGUGCUUGUAUCCCAAGGUGACCAAUACUGCUGCAUUCGGCGUUUGCUUUAAUUUGAAUGGCCUGUUUGUCAGCCUAAUUAUUUUUUUUCUCCUCAUGCAGCAAAACUCCGAUAUACCCACUACUGAACAAAAUGUGCCAUUUUUGAGUGGAAUGUAUUGAAACUAGAACCAUGUGACUAUUUUUAAGGAAUAAAUAAACCAAAUAAUAAAUAAAGUUUUCCUAUUAUAUAUUUGGCUAUGGAUGUGGCAUUGGUGCUUGAAAGUGUUCUAAGUUAUGUUUAAUUUAUUGGUAGCACAUUUUGUGUGUGUUUUGACAUCGACAUUUGUGUGUGGCCCUCAUUUUAUUGCGUCAUUCAGCCAGCAAUUACAUAAUGCUGGCUGUGAAAAACAUGCGUAGUUUUUUCCCGUGGAAGCAAACCUUUGAUCGAUUUGGAAAUGCAGUAUGUGUCAUAGACAGCAUUUGCAAGGUGCUCCUUUCAUUAAAAUUAUCAUGUGCAGUGUUCCAUGUGCUACACUUCAGAAUUUGGAGUAAUGUGCAGAAGCUUACUAGGAAUUGGCAGGCGUCAUGACAUACCUCUACUCAAUGCAAUAGCGUUUACUGUAAAUCGUUCUCAUACUUGUAGUCUUGUGCAUACAGCUUUCCAUACUUUUUCUUACUUGCAUAGCCUAUAGUGCAUAGACAUAAUUGUGAAAACAGCUACAUUUCAGUAGGCAGGGUGUGACAUCAGUGCCGGAGGCUUGUCGAGCCGGGCAUGGCUUAACGCGUUUGCAACAACUAACAUGGUGUCCUCAUAGCAGUUUAUUGCCAAUUUACAUGCAUGUGAGCAACAUUUCUGUUAUGGAAAUCUGUGGAUUUAAGAUAAGUUUUGUCUGAAUUGAUGUGCCCAGUAAACUGUUCACUUCAGAAUAUCGAAGUGUUACAGCUGUCAUGUUACCAUCUGAUAUGUGAAUACCUGCUAUGAAGAAAAUUAUGCAUAGGCCAUCUACAAGUUACUUGUUUAUGGUCUGUACAUGCCUGCAGAUCUCCCUUUCUUUCUUAUUUUUUUUUUUCAAGACUGGAACCACAAUUCGUUUCCAUUCAUUUUUUAGCUGGAAAAUCGGCUGCUGACCCGCAGGGCGCGGGUUCGAAUCCCGGCUGCGGCGGCUGCAUUUCCGAUGGAGGCGGAAAUGUUGUAGGCCCGUGUGCUCAGAUUUGGGUGCACGUUAAAGAACCCCAGGUGGUCUAAAUUUCUGGAGCCCUCCACUACGGCGUCUCUCAUAAUCAUAUAGUGGUUUUGGGACGUUAAACCCCACAUAUCAAUCAAUCAUUUUACCUGGAAAAGCGAAAUGUGUUCUGUAACAUGAGUAUGUACCAGUCUGCCUCAUUGUGAAAGGUUUCCUGUAUUGGCCUCCUCUUAGAGUGUACUCCAUGUCAUAUUUUUUGACGACAUUAAACUAUGACCCGUUUUGGUGAAAUUUGCCUACAGCCUCACCGAAAUGAGGCCACAUGUGGAAAACUUCUAUAUAUUUUUAUAACUAAAAUCACAGUGCCUUUUGUUCUUAUUGGAGUGCAUGAAAUUAAAACAUUGCAAUGUUGUGCU